AUGACAGUUGCUUUCAGCAGCAUCAGCAGUGAUCCCUGCUACAACUAUGAGUCUCUGGAUCGUCCCUGGAGAGCCAACAAUGAAAGUGGAGGUUACGUUUGUGAUGAACGAUUCUCCUGGAAUGGCUGGUACCGGCUUUUCUACUAUGGAAUGAACAUCCAGAUGUCAGAGACCUGUGUUAGUUCAUACAGCUGUAAUACAUACUCUACUCUGUGGCUCAAUGGUCCUCACCCUCAGAUAGAGGAUGGAGUGGUGACCAGAGAGGUCUGUGGUAAUUAUUAUUAUUCGGAUGACUGCUGUUAUUACAAGACAAACCCCAUCAGAAUGAAAGCAUGUCCAGGAAAUUACUAUGUCUAUGAACUUGUGAAACCACAAACCUGGUGUUCAGGAUACUGCACAGAUGUCAGCACCAUUUCACGGCCGAUUUCCACCAUAAGUCCAGAUAUAAUUACUGGAUCCAGCAUUACCUCGAAUUAUGACCCGUGCAAUAACUACAACAUACUUGACAACCACUGGAGAAGCACACUCAAUUUUGAGUUUUGGAAUGGCUAUGCAAAUGAACUUGAUGACACUCGUGUAGAAUGGGAUGGCUGGUAUCGACUCUUCAUUGAUGGAUCAAAUGCUCAGAUGCCUGAGUGGUGUAUGUCUUACAUGUCAUGUGGAGGUUUUAGUGCUCUGUAUCUUGGUGGCUCUCAUCCUCAACUAGAAGAUGGAGUUGUUACUCGUCAAAUUUACGGCUCUGGCCAUGAUAUGUGCAGUCGCUACAGAUCUCAACCAAUCCAAGUUAAAGCUUGUCCUGGAAAUUAUUAUGUCUACAAAUUUACCAGACCAGCUCUUUCAAUCCCAGCUCCUGUGUAUUGUGCAGUAUUGUUAACCACUCCAAGUGUUAACCCCUGCUACAACUACACCAGUCUGGAUGAGCCUUGGAGAGCCACUGGCAACUAUAAUAACGAUUACUACUAUGGCAUGUGUGAUUAUAAUGUGGAGUGGAAUGGCUGGUACAGGCUGUUCUACAAUGGUCAAAAUGCCCAGAUGGCAGAAUCAUGUGUUAAUUAUGGCAUGUGUGGCACUUUUAACCCACUGUUACUCACCGGCCCUCAUCCACAGCUGGAAGAUGGAGUGGUCACCCGUCGGGUCUGUUCCACAGUGAAUGGCUGCUGUACUUACACAUCCCACCCUAUAAGAGUCAAAGCCUGUCCUGGAAAUUACUAUGUUUAUGAGUUUGUCAAACCAUUUGUUUGUGGAGCUUACUGUGUAGUACCAGAAGCCUCAAGCCAGUCCAUCCAAUUAGUUUCUACAACAGAGAGAAUUCCACCGAUAGUGUCCAUUACUUCACCAAUCACAACCACUGCUCCCCCUGUUGACCCCUGCUACAACUACAAUGUCCUGGAUGAUCUAUGGAGAUCCACCAACAAUCAACAUUCCUCUCAAAUAAUGUGUGACUCUUGGGUCAGCUGGAACGGCUGGUACCGUCUCUUCAUUCAGGGUCAGAGCGUUCAGAUGCCAGACACAUGUGUUGAUGAGUUGAGUUGUGGCACUCAUGCUCCACUGUGGCUGAACGGAGGACAUCCAACAGUUGAGGAUGGAGUGGUCACUCGAGAUGUCUGCGGUCACUGGAGCAAUAACUGCUGCUAUUUCCAAUCCAAUCCCAUUAAAGUCAAAGCCUGUCCAGGAGGGUAUUAUGUCUAUGAGUUUGUGAGCCCAAGUGCCUGCUAUUUGGCAUACUGUGCAGAAUCUACAACUUCCAGCUCUGAUCCCUGCUAUGAUUAUAACACUCUUGAUGAAUACUGGAGAGACAUACGACAAAACGCGUAUCAGUACUCUGGACAGGAUGACACCCUUGUUGAAUGGAGUGGCUGGUAUCGGCUGUAUUUGAAUGGAGAAAGUGCCCAGAUGUCUGAGUGGUGUGUGAGUAAUACAGGAUGUGGUGGUGAAACUGGACUUUAUCUUGGCGGUUCUCAUCCAAGAGUUGAGGAUGGAGUGGUGACCCGUGAAGUUGUUGCAAGUCAUAUAAGGUCUAACCAGUGUGACAACUACAGAUCCACAUCCAUCAAAUAUUUUAACACUACAUUUACAAACUCCAUGACAGUUACUUUCCAAAGCAUCAGCGGUGAUCCCUGCUACAACUAUGAGUCUCUGGAUCGUCCCUGGAGAGCCACUAAUGAAAGUGGAGGGUGGAUUUGUGAAGAAUCUUUCUCCUGGAAUGGCUGGUACCGGCUUUUCAACUAUGGAAUGAAUAUUCAGAUGGCAGAGACCUGUGUUAAUUCAUACAGCUGCAAUACAGACUAUAAUCUGUGGCUCAAUGGUCCUCACCCUCAGAUAGAGGAUGGAGUGGUGACUAGAGAGGUCUGUGCAGGGUUUUAUUGGGGUAGCUGCUGUCAUUACAAGACAGACCCCAUCAGAGUGAAAGCGUGUCCAGGCAAUUACUAUGUCUAUGAACUUGUGAAUCCACAACUCGGGUGUUCAGGAUACUGCACAGAAUCUACAACUUCCAGCUCUGAUCCCUGCUAUGAUUAUAACACUCUUGAUGAAUACUGGAGAGACAUACGACAAAACGCGUAUCAGUACUCUGGACAGGAUGACACCCUUGUUGAAUGGAGUGGCUGGUAUCGGCUGUAUUUGAAUGGAGAAAGUGCUCAGAUGUCUGAGUGGUGUGUGAGUUAUGUGGGAUGUGGUGGUGAAACUGGACUGUAUCUCGCCGGUUCUCAUCCAACACUUGAGGAUGGAGUGGUAGCCCGUGAAGUUUUGGGAAGUUCUCUAUGGUCUAACCAGUUUGACAACUACACAUCCACAUCCAUCCAAGUCAAAGCCUGUCCAGGAGAUUAUUACAUCUAUAAACUCGUCAAGCCAGAUCUGUCGAUUAACAGGCCUUCAUAUUGUGCAGUUGCUUUCAGCAGCAUCAGCAGUGAUCCCUGCUACAACUAUGAGUCUCUGGAUUGUCCCUGGAGAGCCAACAAUGAAAGCGGAGAUUACAUUUGUGAUGAAGGUUUCUCCUGGAAUGGCUGGUACCGGCUUUUCUACUAUGGAAUGAACAUCCAGAUGCCAGAGACCUGUGUUAGUUCAUACAGCUGUAACACAAACAUCAAUCUGUGGCUCAAUGGUCCUCACCCUCAGAUAGAGGAUGGAGUGGUGAUCAGAGAGGUCUGUGGCAAUUAUUUUUGGGAUGAGUGCUGUUAUUACAAGACAAACCCCAUCAGAGUGAAAGCGUGUCCAGGAAAUUACUAUGUCUAUGAACUUGUGAAUCCACAAUUCUGGUGUUCAGGAUACUGCACAGAUGUCAGCACCAUUUCAUGGCCAAUAUCCACUGUAAGUCCAGAUAUAAUUACUGGAUCCAGCAUGACCUCGAAUUAUGACCCGUGCAAUAACUACAACAUACUAGACAACCACUGGAGAAGCACACUCAAUUACGGGUAUUGGAAUGGCUAUGCAAAUCGACUUGAUGACACUUGUGUAGAAUGGGAUGGCUGGUAUCGGCUCUUCAUUGAUGGAUCAAGUGCUCAGAUGCCUGACUGGUGUGCAUCAUUUAUGUCAUGUGGAGGUUUUAAUGGUCUGUGGCUUGGUGGCUCUCAUCCUCGUGUAGAAGAUGGAGUUGUUACUCGUGAAAUUUACGGCUCUCGCUAUGAUCAGUGCAGUCGCUACAGAUCUGAACCAAUCCAAGUUAAAUCUUGUCCUGGAAAUUAUUAUGUCUACAAAUUUACCAGACCAACUCUUUCAAUCCCAGCUCCUGUAUAUUGUGCAGUAUUGUUAACCACUCCAAGUGUGGACCCCUGCUACAACUACACCAGUCUGGAUGAGCCUUGGAGAGCCACUGAUUACUCUAUGUAUACCAACAAUUACUACCAUGACGUGUGAUAAUGGGGGUGGAAUGGCUGGUACAGGCUGUUCUACAAUGGUCAAAAUACUCAGAUGCCAGAAUUAUGUGUCAAUCAAGGCAUGUGUGGCACUGAAUCCCCACUGUCACUCAGUGGCCCUCAUCCACAGCUGGAAGAUGGAGUUGUCACCCGUCAGGUCUGUCUCCCAUGGGGUGACUGCUGUGCUUACACAUCCCACCCUAUAAGAGUCAAAGCCUGUCCCGGAAAUUACUAUGUUUACGAGUUUGUCAAGCCAAUGGUUUGUGGAGCUUACUGUGUAGAAGCCUCAAGCCCUACAACAACAGAGCGAAUUCCACCCACAGAAUCCAUUACUCCACCAAUCACAACCACUGCUCCCCCUGUUGACCCCUGCUACAACUACAAUGUCCUGGAUGAUCUAUGGAGAGCCACCAACAAUCAACAUUCCUCUCAAAUAAUGUGUGACUCUUGGGUCAGCUGGAAUGGCUGGUACUGUCUCUUCAUUCAAGGUCAAAGCGUUCAGAUGCCAGACACAUGUGUUGAUGAGUAUAGUUGUGGCACUCAUGCUCCACUGUGGCUGAACGGAGGACAUCCAACAGUCGAGGAUGGAGUGGUCACUCGAGAUGUCUGUGGUCACUGGAGCAAUAACUGCUGCUAUUUCCAAUCCAAUCCCAUUAAAGUCAAAGCCUGUCCAGGAGGGUAUUAUGUCUAUGAGUUUGUGAGUCCAACUAUCUGCUAUUUGGCAUACUGUGCAGGUAAAUAUAUUGACAUGUGCUCUCUGUUUUUGUAA